CUGAGCGAUGCGCCACUAACCGCCGUGGAAGAAAGGAGGUGGACGCGGUGGACGGCGUGUGCGGACGCACAGACAGAGCUGUGUGCUGCAACUGCUGCCAGGAAACGAGGGAUGUGCUUCCAUGAAUGUCGUGGAUGGUGCAGACGGGCGCGCGGGAGCUGCGUGCUAGCGAUUCCGCGCGGCGGGGAUCAAAGGAGCAGCGUCCGCUCGCCGUGCCGGAGACAGGACGUCCUCCCUCCGUUCUGAUGGAGAGUAGACAGAAGACAGAAGCCAAUGUAAUACAUCCCCCGAAGACGUCCUUCCACACUCAGCCCACCCAUGCUGCCGGUACCUCUGCUCCCCGAAGGUUGUUCUCACCUUCUCGUGUUUAGCGUGCAUGACAACCUCACGUGAGGGGGUUAAGGAGUCUCUUCCUUUCGCCAAGGACGGCAGCACCGUGUCUAGCCACACCGAGUGAUACGGCUAUCAGCAGGAAAUCCUUAUGGUUUCGUCCUGGUAACAAUCUUCCGUAUGUACCGUGAAUACUGCUAAACGCUGACUUUGUACAGUUGAAUUACAAGCUGGGGGAAACGGGCCAACAUGAAGGAUAUGUUACUCAUGGUUCAUUUUACUGUCGGGCUUGCGAUGACUGCUCGUAUUCUUGCCGUGGAGGAAAAAGACAGUUGCCCUCAGUCAUGUGUGUGUGAAAUCAGACCCUGGUUCUCCCCAAGCUCUGUUUACACUGAACUCCCAACUGUUGACUGUAAUGAUCUUGGACUCUUUCUUCUACCAGAAAGAUUACCUGCCAACACCCAGGUGUUACUGUUACAGACUAACAAUAUUGCCAAGAUCGGGAGUCCCUUAGAUUACCUGGCCAAUAUCAGUGAGAUAGAUGUUUCUCAGAACAAUCUCUCCUCCAUGGACGAUAUAAACCUCGGGCAUCUGCAGAGCCUUUUGUCACUGCACAUGGAGGAGAACUGGGUCCAGACCUUACCCAAUGGCUGCCUCGCUGAACUGGCUAAUCUCCAGGAACUGUACAUCAACCACAAUCUGAUCUCCUUCAUUGCACCAGGGGCAUUUAUGGGGCUGGAAAACCUGCUGAGGCUCCAUCUCAAUUCCAACCGGUUGAAAGCUAUCAGCAGCCGGUGGUUCGAAGCCACGCCACGGCUCGAGAUCCUGAUGAUUGGAGAGAACCCGGUCGUCAGAAUCGAAGACCUGAAUUUCAGGCCACUCUCCAAUCUUCGCAGUCUGGUCCUGGCCAGAAUGAACCUGACUGAAAUACCUGAUGAUGCGCUGGUCGGCCUUGAGCGGCUGGAAAGCAUCUCCUUUUAUGACAACACGUUUGUUAAAGUGCCACAUGUCGCCCUGAAGAAGCUGCUUAGUCUCAAGUUUUUGGACCUCAACAAGAACCCAAUUCAGAGGAUACAAAGGGGGGAUUUUGUGGACCUGCUCCAUUUGAAAGAGUUAGGAAUAAACAGCAUGCCUGAACUGGUGUCCAUCGACAGUUUUGCCUUGAGCAACCUGCCCGAACUGACCAAAAUAGAGGCGACGAACAACCCCAAGCUGUCCUACAUCCACCCCAAUGCCUUCUACAAGCUGCCUCGUCUGGAGACGCUAAUGGUGAACGGCAACGCCCUGAGCGCCUUGCAUCGCAUCACGGUGGAGUCCCUGCCCAGUCUCCGUGAGGUGAGCAUGCACAGCAACCCCAUCCGCUGCGAUUGCGUGAUCCGCUGGAUGAACAUGAACAAGACCGGCGUCCGCUUCAUGGAGCCCGACUCCCUGUUUUGCGUGGAACCGCCCGAACUGGAGGGCAGGCGAGUACGGCAGGUUCACGCUCGGGAGAUGACGGAGAUCUGUCUACCGCUAAUCUCGCCCGAGAGCCUUCCGACGCUGGUCCGCGUUCAGAAUGGGAGCUCGCUUUCCCUGCACUGCCGGGCGUUUGCGGAGCCGGAGCCCGACAUCUACUGGGUCACACCUUCGGGUGACCGUAUCCUACCGAACAGCAUCUCCAAGAAGUUCCACAUGCACCCGGAAGGCACGUUGGAUCUCUACGACAUCACAGAGCACGAGGCUGGAUUGUACACCUGCGUGGCGCAUAAUCUUGUUGGCGCAGACCUCAAAUCGGUCUCUCUGGAGGUCGAUGGCUACUUUCCACAGCCUGCAAAUGUGUCUCUGAUCAUAAACGUUGAGGCGGUGCUGCCGAACUCUGUCGUUCUGUCCUGGAAGGCUUCUUUCAGCAGUCUAUCAGCAAACAUUAAGUGGUCCGCAACUGGAAGUCGAGAAAAACCCGCACCAGUGUUCGCCGCAAGGGUCCCGUCCGAUGUAAAGGUGUAUAAUUUGACACAUUUAGAGUCGUCCACCCAGUACCAAGUGUGUGUGAACAUUCCUAGCGCUCACCGUAAGCAGAGCGGGAAAUGUAUUAAUGUCACCACAAAGGCAUUAGAGCUAGCGGCAAGCAACACAAAGCAGCGGGAUGUGGUUGCGAUCGCAGUGUUUGCCGUCCUUCUGGCUGCCGCGUCCGUCACCUGUUCGCUCGUUUACGUCUCGCUGAGGAAGCAUCGCGCGUUUGGAGAGUUACGGAAGUCUGAGUCGCUGGCCUCGCUGAGUCCCGUGGCUGGACUGCCGUCCCCCCUCUUAAAGUUCUGGGUGACCGGUAGGGGAACGCCCAGUGCGGCUCAAGUGAAAACGACGGUUUUGGACGUAUCCAGCAACUCCUUGUAAGACGUAACUUUCUCUUGUGUCGGUGGAUUUCUGUGGAAAGAGAAGGGGUAAGGCAACAGGACGAAGCACAGGGAACAAGUGACUGAUGCAUCGCUUGCCUCGAUACAGACAUUCUGGAACGGCGCAAAGUGCGUCCGGCGGGUCCACGGCGGCCAGUAUCUGUGCUGAGGUGGUUUGCAGCAAGCGUAUCGGCGAGCGUCACAGGGAUCAUCAGUUCAAUACACAGCGCCAUAUUGGUGGAUAUGGGCCCUUCUCCAAUACAAACGAAAUAAAGAGGAGAGUGUUGUCUCUGUUAUUGGCUGUUACAUAUGUAAAGAGUAGUGGAACUAUCCUUGUGGUCCCAAGCAAUACCUUCUGUGCUGUAUUACAUACAUAGGCAAGUUAGAGAUGCCACAUGUGAUGUUUAUAAUGGAGAAAAUCUCGUAGA